CCGGGUGACACCGCUGGCUGCAUGGAGCCCCCGGAGGGCGCCGGCCCGGGAGAAAUAGUUAAGGAGAUUGAAGUGCCACAGGCUGCCCCAGAUGCCCCGGCCCCGGGGACAGGGAAUAGCUGCCACUUGCCUGGGGCCGAGGAGGAGGAGGUGGGAAUCCCAAUACCAGCACCAGGGCUCCUGCAGGUCACAGAAAGGAGGCAGCCCCUCAGCAGCGUGUCCUCCCUGGAGGUGCACUUUGACCUCCUGGACCUCACCGAGCUGACCGACAUGUCCGACCAGGAACUGGCCGAGGUGUUUGCUGACUCUGACGAUGAGAACCUGACUGGCCUGCACCCACUGCCCCGGGCCGGCUGUCUGCGGUCCCCGUCCUGGACGCGGACCAGGGCUGAGCAGAACCUCGAGAAGCAGCACCUCGGCAACCCUGAGCGGCAGCCGGCGAUUGUGGACACGUUUCUCACUGUGGAGAGGCCCGAGGAGGACUAGGCCAGGCCGCCCCAGGACCAGGCAGAGGACGGCUCCACAGACACGCUGCCCACCCCACGUGGCUCCAGGUUGGGGUCUCGAGACACCCAGCACAAGCACAGCCCAGUGGCCUUAUGUCCAGUUCCUUCCUGGUCCCUGGAUCAGGGCUGACAUUGCCCGGGGAUGAGACAGGAGUGGCCUGGGCCUUCUGGAGACUUCUGUCUGCAGGACUGGUGCUCUCAUCUGUCACAGCCGAGUGGGUGCCAGGUGGAGGGAGGAUCUGAGCAGAUGACAGCCAUUCUGCAAGGCCCCUGGGGUCUAGCCAAGUACGAGGUAGAAGAGUCAGUCCUGAAAAUUGCCACCUUCAUUUCAGUCCUGUCCCCUUCCUGUCACCCAUAGAGCAGUGUCAGCACUGGGCCCCUCCCAGACCCGAGACCCUGCUUGUCUUGGUCCCUGCAAGACAGCCGAGCCCACCCGCCUUAGCUUGGAACAUAAAUACGGCAUGACUGCUUCGGACUGCUGGGGGGGUCACCUCCUGCCAGUCCCUCACCUAUGCUGUCCCCACCGCCUGUCCAUGUAUACCGCCAGCCGGCAUCCUGGCCCGAGGGUUUGGGGUGUGGGGGGACCUGGGCAUAGCCCCUGACCCCCAGGCUAGGGGCACCAGGCUCAGCUGCUCCCAACACUGCUUUUUAUGUGCUAAGGGACAGAACAGGCUUCUGGUCUGACUGUAAGUCCAAGAAUGGUUUUAAAAUAAAUG